UUGGGGAACCGCUGUUUUCUGUCCUUUUCCAUACGAGUCCUGAGACGGGUAGGGAUCCAAAACCAUCUUCCCUUGAACGUCACAUCUACAAUCCAACAAAAAAUGAUAAUCUACAAGGAUAUCCUCACCGGAGAUGAGCUAUUCACCGAGGUUUACAAAAUCACGGAGGUCUGCGACGGUAUGCUGUACGAGGUACAGGGAAAGCUCACUUCCAGAUCGGAGGACGUCGACGGUGCUUUGAUCGGUGCCAACGCCUCUGCGGAGGGCGGAGAUGAGGGCAGUGAAGCAGCCACAGUCAGCGGAGUUGACAUUGUGCUCAACAGCAAACUGCAGGAGACCUCAGCCUACAACAAGAAGGCCUACCAGAGCUACAUCAAGGGCUAUAUGAAGGC